AUGGCUCUUGAAGCAAACGUCGAUUCCAAGGCUGAGGACGCUGUUUCGAGGAGCACUGGCGUCGCGGGCUCCGAUAAUCUUUAUUGUCCCGACGUCGACACCUCGGAGGUCGACGAGCGCAAACUGUUGUGGAAAAUAGAUGUUCAUGUCAUUCCAUGGUUGGCGCUUUUGUACUUUCUAAAUUUUUUGGACAGAGGAAGUAUAGGAAAUGCCAGGUUGUAUAACAUGGAACAAGACCUGCAUAUAUCAGAUAAACAGUAUCUCAUAGCACUUACGGUUUUUUUCUUCCCGUAUGCUCUGUUCGAGCCUGCUAGUAAUGUGGUUUUGAGACGGCUACGUCCUUCUCGAUGGCUCUCUUUCAUGAUGCUAGUCUGGGGUAUCGUAAUGACUUGUCAUGGUGUUCUCGUGAAUUAUGGCGGCCUUUUGUCUCUUCGAUUCCUGUUAGGUUUAGCGGAAGCUGGAUUGUAUCCUGGUAUCGUUUUCUACAUAUCUUGUUGGUAUAAGCGCGAGGAACUUGGUACCAGAGUUGCUGCCUUUUUCACUUCUGCAACUAUAGCAGGGGCUUUCAGUGGACUACUUGCAGCAGCUAUCGCCAACAUGAAUGGGAUUGGUGGUAAGCCGGGAUGGGCAUGGAUAUUCAUUUUGGAAGGAAUUUUCACAGUUCUGAUGGCUAUCGCAUCGUUUUGGAUCAUCGAAGACUUUCCAGGGUCAGCCAAGUUCUUGAGUGAGGCGGAGAAGGUAUUCGUUAUCCGGCGUUUGCAAGCUGACUUGCAAUUCAGCGCUGGAGGUGAGAAAUUCAAGGCACAGUACAUUUGGCAAAGUUUGACGGAUUGGAAAACUUAUCUUGCACUCGGGAUUUAUAUGGGAUUCGAUGGCCCCUUGUUCGCGUUUUCACUGUUCACGCCUACAAUCAUUGCAAAGGCCACUGCUGCCAAUCUUUUGUCUGUCCCGGUGUAUGCAUGGGCAUGUAUCAUGACAUGUGUGUCUGGUUAUCUUGGAGACCGUAUUGGUUCCAGGGGUUACAUUAACCUGUACGUUCGUCUCGUUGGUUAUAUAAUCCUUAUAGUGUCACGGAAUGCAGCAUUGUCUUAUUUUGCCGUUUAUCUCGCCGCAUCUGCCAUAUAUGCAACUAUUCCAAAUUCUGUGGCUUGGGUAGCUAGCAAUGUCGAGGGUUCUUACAAGCGAGGAGUUACACUGGCUAUAGCAAUUGGCAUAGGUAAUAUCAAUGGCGCGGUAACAUCUAAUGUUUAUCGCUCCAAUGAUGCUCCUUGGUACAGGCUCGGGCACGGUAUCGUCUUAGCAUAUAUUGCAAUCGGUUUCUUCUGCUCCCUUGCCUUCAUGAUCCUCCUUCGCCGGGAAAACUCGCGCAGGCAAAACGGAGAGCGUGACGAGGUUAUCGACAAUCUAUUAGAUGAGGUCACUAAAGACACAGACAGCCUUUCUGCACAAGCUCAAAAGAAUGGCCGAUAUGAGAGUGUCGAUGCAGCAAGGAGGGAUAAAGGUGAUAGGUGGAGCGGGUUUCGAUAUACAUUGUAAGUCUAAAAUUACACGACAGUCUAAAACAGAAUACAAGAAUCUUUACACAUGGUCUU